AUGUUUAUUGAUAUGAGAUCCUACCCUGAAAUUAUCGCCAGCCAGAGACCCGUCGAUAGUAAUAAGGAGAACCCACAGCACUCCAAGCAUCACAGAGCCACAGAGCCCAGGACCUGCAGAGCCUAUAGACCCACAGAGCCCAGGACCCAUAGAGCACAGGACUCCACAGAGCUCAGGACCCACAGAGCCCAGGGACUACAGAGCCCAGGGGACUCCACAGAGCCCAGGACCCAUAGAGCCCAGGGUCCACAGAGCCUAGGGACCCACAGAGCCCAGGACCCACAGAGCCCAGGACUCCACAGAGCCCAGGUGGACCCACAGGAGCCCAGGACCCACAGAGCCCAGGGACCCACAGAGCCCAGGGACCCACACAGAGCCCAGGACCCACAGAGCCCAGGACUCCACAGAGCCCAGGGACCCACAGAGCCCAGGACCCACAGGAGCAGGGACCCACAGAGCCCAGGGACCACAGAGCUCAGGGACCCACAGAGCCCAGGACCGCAGAGCCCAGGACCCACAGAGCUCAGGACCCACAGAGAGCCCAGGGACCCACAGAGCCCAGGGACCCACAGAGCCCAGGACCCACAGAGCCCAGGACCCACAGAGCCCAGGACAGAGAUCAUCAUACCCUCAGACUCACCUCAAGGCCCAGAGGGUUCAGCAGAUCAACUCAAGCAACAAUCCCGGGUAUUCGACCUCGUCUCUCCUGUAACAACCCUCGUCAUUGCUUUCAGUAGACGCCUAGAAAAUGACCGUGGUGCCUGGAGCAGAUGA